AGCGGCCGCGCGCAGCACGCUCAGGGCGGGAUGGCGGCGGCGGCGGCGGCUGAAAGUGGGACGCCCCGGGAGGAGGAUGGGCUCGGAGGGGAAGCAGCGACCCCACAGCCCCAAGCCCCGACGAAUGCGCCCGGGGCUCGUCUCUCGAGGCUGCCUCUGGCGCGAGUGAAGGCCUUAGUGAAGGCAGAUCCCGACGUGACGCUAGCGGGACAGGAAGCCAUCUUCAUUCUAGCGCGAGCUGCGGAACUGUUUGUGGAGACCAUUGCAAAAGACGCCUACUGCUGUGCUCAGCAAGGAAAGAGGAAAACCCUCCAGAGGAGAGAUUUGGAUAAUGCAAUAGAAGCUGUGGAUGAAUUUGCUUUUCUGGAAGGUACUUUGGAUUGAUUGCCAAGCUGGGCAGUUUUGAGAGCCACCGCUGUGUCCUUCAGCUCGUCCCUCUCUGCAGGCCUCAGCUUUGAAGAACAGUCUCUGCGCAGCUGCCUUCCAGUUCUACUUUUACCCAAGUUGGGAUAAACAGAGAUCUCAUUUGAUAGCUUUCUCUACAAGGUCUUCCACUAAUGUUUGUCUUCCACUUCAGGACUGAAUGCAGCUGCUGCUGGCUGUGGCAGAGAUGAAGAAACUGUUGUGCAUAGGUGGUUUAAUGAAUGAUGAGGACCAGAAUAAAGGUCUUUGAUCAAUUUCAUUCUAGUGCAUUUACCUUGAUUCUUGCCCUGUGAGUGGAGAGCCACCAUGCUCAGGUAGCUUCUUGACCUUCCCAUUCUAAACCAGCAUUUUCAUUAAUACUGUUCUUCAUUUUUCCAGCAUGUCACUA